UUCCUGCUAUGGCUUUCAGGUCUGUCCUGGACUACUUACUCCAGUAUAAAACUGAGAGCAGAAAUAUGAUCACGUCCUGAGGAGUCUAAUCAAUUCUGGUUUCAACACUGAGCCUAUUUAAAAUAGAGAAUGGAAUUGCUGUUCCUUGCUCUCUCCUGCCUGCACUUGCUCAAGACAGAGGUUGUAGAGGGCAGCUGGUGCUAUCGGUCCCAGAAGUGUGAGCAGCCACAGUGUCAAGAUCCUCCUCAAUGGCACCUGGUGAACGGGAAGUGCAGCGGGAACAAACAGUCCCCUGUCAACAUUGUCACCAAAAAUGUGGUUUAUGAGAAGAGCCUCAAGCCCCUGACUUUUGAAGGGUAUGAUGUGAAGGGCUCUGGCCAGUGGCUCCUGGAGAAUAAUGGUCACACAGUUAAAGUGACACUAAAUACAUCCCCUAAAAUCGGAGGAGGAGGUCUGCCAAGGAAAUUCAAGGCAGUAGAAUUCCAUUUGCACUGGGGAGUCCCAGAGAAGCCACAAAACAUCCCUGGCUCAGAGCACAGCAUAGAUGGAGAGAAAUACCCCAUGGAGCUUCACGUCGUGCACAUAAGAGAAGAUGCUUCAGAUGUGACAGAUGCCAAGAAAAAUCCAGGUGGUUUGGCUGUGCUAGCCUUCUUUGUAAAGGCUAACAAGGAGAAUGAAAACUAUGCAUCCCUACUGAGUGAAUUAGAGAAUAUUAAAUACAAAGGGGACACAGCACGGCUGGAUCCUUUGCCACUGAUGUCUCUUCUCCCACCUGAGGAAGACCUUGGGAAGUACUAUAGGUAUGAAGGGUCCCUCACCACCCCUGACUGCUACGAGGGUGUCAUCUGGACAAUAUUUGAGAAGCCAGUGGAGCUCAGCCUGCGCCAGCUUUCCCGCUUUGCAGUGCUGCACUUUGAGAAGAACAGCUCCAGUGCCAUGACGGAGAAUUUCCGGCCGGCUCAGCCCCUGAACGGGCGCGCGGUGCUCUGGUCUGGGGCCAGCAUCGCCCUGCCCGCAGCAAAGCUGCUGCUGCUGCCCCUGGCUCUGACCUGCACCCUCAGCUCUCUGUCCCACUGAGCCUCUCCCACCCCAUCCACACCCUGCUCCUUCCUGUCUUGUUGGUUUUGCUGUUCUUUGUCUCAGCCUCUCAUGGAUUGUGUCCCAAUACAGAGCAGCCUUGUCCUCCUCCAGACAUGAACCAAGGGCUUCUGUGCUGCUCUGGUGGAACCCAAAGCACCAGAACUCAGAGGAACAGGGAGGUAAAGCAAUGAAAAUUCAAUUUUUAAAGGCAAUACACUUAGAGAAAUUGGAUUAUCCUGUGAUUUAACCCAGCAUUGGAAGGAGGUGCACAGAGACCCUUGAAUCUGUUCUUAAGUGCCUGUGAAGGGGUUGGAGCGUGUUUACAUUCAACCCUGCAAAUCUGGCAGGGAAAUGUGGAGUAAAUCUCACAAUCCCACACUGUCCCACCUGAAGGUACAACACAGAGCAAAGACAAAAUGCUCACACACAACCCAGCAGAUCUGGCUCAUCCCCUUAGGGAAGGGCACCCACCCAACACACAGAUCCCCCUCCUUCCUCCAGAAUAUCUCACUUUCAGACACUGGAUUCCUUCAUUCCUUCCACCCCAGCUCCUGCUGGGGGCUGGCAGGUUCCUCUGUUAUUUAUUCAUCCUUCUCUGGGAUGCCAUGGCUGAUGUGAUGUGCUGGGAAAGCAACAGGGAGGCUCAUCCCCACGGACCAGAGGCACAUCUGUGGAAAUUCCCUCUCUUUUGGAGGGCUGCUUUUGAAGCAGGAGACUCUGAUGAUCCCUUGUAGUUGUAAUUUGCCUGAUAAAAUAGGACAGCUCAAGAAAUAGCUCUUUCUUACAUAUAAAUAUAAAUAUAUAUAUAUAUAUAUUUCUUUUAUAUAUAUAAUUUUUUAUAGUAGCAUACCUGGAAUAUUCACAUAUGGUCAAGAUUCAUAGUUUUUUCCAAGAAGAUUGUGGUUUGAACCAAUUCCUUCAGAUCUUACCCAAUUACUUAUAGAAAAUAAGUUGGGAAAUGGGGUUUCCUUUUAUUAUUCCAGUUCUCUCUCUGAAGAGGGAUAUAACAUUUCUCUUUGGUUAGUGCCAUAUAGCAUUUUACAGCUUCUUUUAGGAUUUUAGAUUUUGCCCACACCAAAAUAGGAUUUCAUAUUAGCAGAUUUGUAUUUUUUUUCCUUAAAGGGCAGUGUUUGCAGAGAUGCCUUGAUACAUUUUCAGGGAAAUCCUGGCAGUGAGAACAAGCACAGCUCACCAAAGGGAUGAUGAAAUUAUUUUCAUAUUAAUCAAUGAGUAAAGCUUUAAAAAAAAAACCCCACAUGGGAAAACAAAUUAACCUAUUUAAGUUUAAAGGAAAGAUUAAUACUUUAACUGUAUUUUUAUGUAACUGAAAACCUUUGGAGGAGCAAACAGAAAUGAAAUAUUAAAGGUGAACAACAAACCUGUA